AUGAGUGCAGCAGUUCAGAACUAUCCAAAGGACGCUGGUCGCGCCCCGACCACUCGCCCACCCAUGGGUGAUCAGAAGCUCACCGACACCAAGGGCCCUUCGAUCGCUCCCGACAACGCAUGCGAUGAGCCAUCGCCAUUCGCACCGGACGGCUUUGGCCACAAGGCCAUCGGUACCGAUCCCGUCACCGGUCAAGGCUACGACAAGGUUUACGGUGUGCGACCCAAGACCACCUGGCACCUGAAGCCCAAAAGCGAGCGAACAUUGUGGGAGUUCAUCGCCGGAAUCGACCUCGCACCAGAUGUUUGCUAUGCCAAGCGUGAUAUCAGCGAGAAGCUUCGAGGUCCGCCUCCCACACAACCCAUUUGGAAGGAGAAUGUGUUUAUCCUCACCACUGCCUCGCUUGCUCCGCUUCUUCACACCGCCUGGAACUUUGCCUUUCCCAACCACACGAUGCACUGGGCGCCCGCAUGGAUCAUGUAUCACUUUGGUUUCAUCCUGUUCGCCGUACGGAUUAUCAAGCGUCUUCACAAGUACAUGGCCCAAUACGGAACUCUAGACGAGCAGAAUCGCGGACGUGAUCUGGUCGACGACAAGCACGUUAACCACCUCGGCCAGUCCAUCUUCAUCUACACCAUCUUCCGUACUCUAGCUCCGUUCCUGCUCGCCUGGCGCGGUGACAUGAACAACAUCUGGUCUGGUUUAUCCUGGGCUACUCCCCUCAAGAUCGGUUGGUGGGAGAUCGCUCUCGACUACUGGUUCUAUCUCUACCACCGCUCGUGCCACGAGUUCGACUUCCUCUGGUUCAUUCACCGUGCUCACCACGCCACAAAGCACCCAACCCCCAUCCUCUCAAUCUUGGCCGAUGACUACCAGGAGAUUCUCGAGAUCUUCGUCGUGCCUUUCCUGGCCACGGCCAUCUCGCCCAAGAUGAGCUUCAUCGAGAUGUGGCUCGUCGUAUGCUACACAUUGUAUGUCGAGGCUCUCGGUCACUCUGGUAUCCGCGCCUACUGGGCACACCCUGUCCUUGGUGUUGUGCUCGCCCCCUUCGGCAUGGAGCUCACUGUUGAAGACCACUCCAAUCACCACCUUUACGGUAAGGCUGGUAUGAACUACGGAAAGCAGACCAGGGUGUGGGACCGACUGUUCGGCACCAUCGACCCCAGGCGAGAGACUGCCGACACCGGUAUCUUUGGCUAA